AUGGACAAUGCGCUUAAUGCUCGACUUGGGAGAUUGGUAGAAAAGGCGGAAGCGAUCACUUCAGAAAUAAAAGAUUUUUUAAAAGUGCACAAGGUAACAAAUCCAUUGCCAAGAGCCACCAACAUUUUAUUCUUUCCACCAGUACAAGAACCAACUUCCAGUGUUUAUUCAGAGGAGGAGGAAGAUGAACUAGCUGCUUAUCUUGCAACAACUUUUGGAGAAAUUAGAAGUCUUGCUGGACACGACCCAGCUUCAUUAAUUAGGGACACGGUCCAGUUUGUCGUAAAUCAUAAAACUACAAAACCAAACACGGGUAUGGUGAUAAAUGUGGAGUCAUCUGUAGAUGAUGUGUAUGAAUGGCUUAUAAAGAAGGGUGUUUCCCAGGAGAUUAGCCAGAUUUUUAGAGACAAUGAAAUAGAUGGUUUCAGUUUGCUCUUUCUCAAAGACGAAGACAUUUUUAGGAUGCUGCCAGGAAAAGUUGGUCCUGCACGAAAAAUUAUAAUGUACAUUGAGAAAGAACAAGUCUUGUCCACUGAUCCAGAAGUUCGAAAAGAUCCAGAAGUUCAAAAGGAGAAAACUAUGGAGAAAACUGAUUCCAAUAAGGCAGAUCAGGAAGCAAUCGCACCAGAAUCUAAUAAGAUGACAACAGACACAGUUGAGAAAAACAGUGAGGCAGAAUUCUCAAAUGCCACAGUCCAGGGAUCCAGCAGCAAAACUGAGGAUGUUUACAGUCAGGAUCAGAAUUAUGCUGAUCCAUCUACAUUUAUCCCUGCUUAUUCUCCCAUGAUAAAAGAUCUAUUGAUAAAGGAGGAGAUCUUCAAAGAAUGGGACAAGUUUAUAGAAGAAACAGCAUAUUUCAUUCUGUCAAGACCCGCCAAAUUUGAGAGCAGAGGGCUGUACGCUGACUUUGGUAGAAUCAUGUACCAAAACUAUCCUUGCAUUGGACAUCAAGCAUAUGGUGAACCAUGGGGAUACUUCAACAAAAAAUUGUCGCAGAAAAUCAGAAACAUCCGUUGGAAAUGGAAUGCAAGAGGGAAGACAAACACCUCAGUUAAGAAGAAAAAGAUAGAGCCAGAGAUCAAAAUGAUAGAAAAAUCAAUGAGUCUCACAGAUGCAGGGAAAAUCUUUAGAAUAGAGAUGGAAAAACCUCAAAAAGAAAUAGACCGGGCUUUGGUGUUAAAGGCUCUAAGGGGAUCCUUUAAAGAAAGAAGAAUGUUUAUUACAAAAAAACAUGAUGGGAACCUUAAAGAACUGCUCAAAAAGCUUCCAGUUCUUGGAAAAGCAGAAUAUGUAGAGAAAGAGUUUUUCCUCAUGAAGCCAAACGUCAAGAAAGAGGACAUCGCAGAUAACUGGACUGAAACCUUAUCACAUUUGGAUAGGACCUUCAAGUCUGAGCAUGAAUUGGAGGAAGAAGACGUUAGUGUUCCUGAUGCCGCUGAAGAACUUCAACUCUUGAAGCAGUUAGAACAGAAAGUUUCGUUCUUUCACAAGGGGAAAUCUGGAAAAAAUCCCCUUAUGAUGAUCAUUAAGCCUGCUGAAAUGAAGACAAUCCCAAAUAAGUCAGACGACCCACCGCGGCUUAUAUUUGUUCAAGGAAGUACCGGGACAGGGGUGUGUAAUGCGUUCAUAAUAGGUGGAGGGGUACAAAUGGAGGUACCUUCAGACAUUAAAGAUGCCUUUACCUACCUACUCUACACUUAUUACGUUUGGGAUCUCGCGUAUCCAAAGAAUUAUCAGAUUCUUGGAUUUUUGCAAGUUUACAUCCUUAAAGACAGGGAAAACAAAUUUGCCAUGAGCCAGAAUUAUUUAAAGUUCACAAAAUUAUUCGAUGACUCCAAGAAGUAAAUGUUUGAUAUUGUAAAACAUUGACAUUGGUGAAACGUUUGAUGUUGGAAAGUAGAAAAAAUAAGGUUAACAAUUUUUGUAUUGUUUGAUGUUGUAAAGUAGAAAACAUUGGACUAAGGUUAACAAUUUUUGUAUUGUUUGAUGUUGUAAAGUAGAAAACAUUAGCAUAAAAUUGUUAACCUAGUCCAAUGUUUUCUACUUUACAACAUCAAACAAUACAAAACAUUGGACUAAGGUUAACAAUUUUAUGCUAUGUAUGAAGCAUUUUUAUAGAAAUGAUUAUUUAUGACUUAUUUGAGGAUCUAAACAAAACCAGUAUUUGUUUGGUGUUAGAUU